AUGGCGGCAAUGGCAAAUCUCGCUAAUACCAUGGAAGCUAAUGCUUCUGUGACUCUGCAAGCUGUGCAGAGAUUGGGCCAACCGGCUGGGAAUGAAAAUGGCAAUGGGAAUAGUGAAAGGAAUGCCAAUGAUAAUGCUGAGGGUAACGGCGCCAACACAGGAGGAGUUCUGAUGACCCUGGCGACGUUCCUUAAGGCACAACAUGUUCCCCUCAAUCAAUACGUAAAGUUUGCCGCUUAUCAAAUAGCGGGAAAGGCCCAGCCCUGGUGGCAAGCUGAGUGUCGUUUGCUACAGCUUCAGAACGCCGACAUUCCAUGGGAGGUGUUCCAAACGGCUUUCUAUAAGAAAUACUUCCCUGAGUCUGCAAGGGAAGCAAAGGAGAUGGAGCUAAUGCAGCUGAAGUAA